AUGUACAUCAUCAAGAGCAGCACGGAUAGCUCUCCUUCUACCUCUUUGCCAACAGAAUUUUCUAGCUUCAACGACCCCACAGAAACGGAGAUCUUUGCCUACCUCUACGUCCCGCUCAUCUUCAUCCUCGCCAUCGCCGGCGGGCUGGUCAUGUACUGCCGGUACCCUAUCAAGGAGAGGAGACGACGCACCUACGUCGGGAAUUCAGCAGAUGCGGGUGCACCAGCAGGUGAUCUAGGUGUGACGACGGGUGGUGGUGGCGGGCUGGAGCCGUUUGGGUAUGGGACUGUUGCUGUCACGGGUAUGGCGAAGAAGACUGGGGCAGAGGUUGUCGGAUCGAGGGUGGUGGCUUCAGGAGAGGUGGUUGAUGGGGUGUAUGUGCAUGCUGCGAGCCCGUCGUCGGGAAGUAACUCGAGUCGGUCUGAGGAGAAGUUGGUGUAG